AUGACGACGUUUACGAGGGCCCCAGAUGAGGACGUGCCGACUAUCGAGGUCGAUGCCGAGAAGAGGCUCUCGGCAAUAGAUCCCAUGACCUAUGGAGGGUUUACAGAACAUAUGGGCCGUUGCAUAUACGGCGGCAUCUACGAACCUGGAAGCCCUCUCUCGGACGCCAAUGGCUUCCGGACGGAUGUCAUAUCAGCCCUGAAGGACCUGGACAUCCCAGUCAUUCGCUAUCCAGGCGGCAACUUCGUGGCUACUUACCACUGGCAAGACGGCAUUGGGCCGCGAGAGAACAGACCCUCUCGCCCAGAACUUGCCUGGCUCGGCGUCGAGACCAACCAGUUUGGCACCGACGAGUUCAUGCAGUGGCUCGACGUGCUUAGCGAGGGCCGCGACAAGCGCGUGGAGCCUUACCUCUGCCUGAACAUGGGCACGGGGACGCUCGACGAGGCGCUCGCGUGGGUCGAGUACUGCAACGGCACCAAGGACACGUACUACGCGAACCUGCGGCGCAAGAACGGGCACCCGGAGCCGUACAACGUCAAGUACUGGGCGCUGGGCAACGAGAUCUGGGGCCCGUGGCAGGUCGAGCAGCAGACCAAGGAGGACUACGCGAAGAAGGCGGCGCAGUGGGCCAAGGCGCUGCGGCUGCUGGACCCGAGCCUGUGCCUGAUCCUGUGCGGCCAGGAGGGCUACAACUCGUGGGACCACCACGUGCUCAAGGAGUGCGUCUCCGUCGUCGACAUGCACAGCAUCCACAUCUACACCCGCAGCGACAAGCACCUGCCCAACGUCACGGCGCCGCUGUCCGCCGAGCGCGCCAUCCAGACUGCCGCGGCGCUGAUUGACGUCGCGCGCAUCGAGAACAACGUGCCGCCCUCGAAGCCGCCGACCAAGAUCUGCUUUGACGAGUGGAACGUCUGGGACCCGGUGCGUGCGCCGGGUGAGCAAGGCGCUGAGGAGAAGUACACACUGUCAGACGCACUCGCAGUCGCCGUAUGGCUGAACGUGUUUGUCCGGCAGAGCCGGUGGAUCGGGAUGGCGAAUAUUGCGCAGACGGUCAAUGUCAUCAGCCCGCUGAUGACCACCAAGGAGGGCAUUGUCAAGCAGACAACGUGGUGGCCACUUCUGUUGUUCAGCAAGUACAUGCGCGGUUGGACGGUGGCCUCGCAUGUCAAGUGCGGGAGCUACAAAGGCGAGACUGCACCGCCAUGGCUGCAGGGCACACUUGAAGAUGGAGCACCAUGGCUUGAUGUCAGUGCGGCAAUUGAUGGAAAAGGAGUCGUCAGUCUCGUUGUGGUGAACAUUAGCGACAGCCAGGACUUUGAGACAGUGGUCAAGGGCGCCGGCAGCGAUGUCGAAGUAUACAAGGUGACUGGCGCCGAGAUCAGCUCAGUCAAUGUAGGAGGCAAGGAGGAGGUGGCAAUCAAGGAAGACAAGUGGGAUGGAAAGGGCAAGUUUAUCUUCACGAAACAUUCCAUGACGAUGUUGCGCUGGAAGCAGUGA